AUGGCGAAAACAACGCUACAAAAGUGUCUCAAGCUGCACAAGCUCUUCGUCGCCGAGACAGCUCGCAGUUCAAAGCUCGAGUCGGAAGGGUCCCAAGUGCUCUCGUCGCUUGCCAAUUUGAGUCAGCGACUACCGAUUCUACUACAAUCGGGUAAUGCGACUCACGGACAAGGCAGCGAUACCGUCGAUGACGACGUGUCGGACGUGAUGGGCGUGUUGCGUGACGUCCGUGAGACGCCGACUCUGUUGCUGCAGAAACACUUUCUGGCGCUGGAAAAGAGUCGAGAGUUCUUGACUGAUAUCAUGCGGGACUACCAAGAGCUACUGCGUCAUCUUCGGUCCUUUGCGAGUGAGUGCGUGACGCUCGUGGAUGACGCACUCAUUGAGGACGAAACUGCUGUCAGCGAGGACGACCAACUAGCAGCAGUGGCUUUUCCCUUGCAGCUGCAGGAGUGGAUGGAGACGGUGCUGGCAAUGUUUGAGCACGAAGUGCUGCGGAAAACGCGACUCGUGGCUGACCUGGAGUACAGUGACUCACCGAGACUCAGUACUAUGUACUCGCAGUGGAGUGCCCAGGGGAUAAUGGGUAACAUUGAUAGCAAUUACGUGCAAACAGGCCUGCCAUUGCCACGAGCGACGACGUCAUCGACGCUGCCAUCUCGACAGUCGAAAUCGAAUGCAUCGAAGCGCAAGAAAAAGAAGUAG